AUGGCAUCCCUCGGGCACCCUGGUGCUAUUCUUGUCCCUCGGUGCCUUGUCAUUUUCAAUGGCACAAAUUGGGGUGACUUUGUUUUCCAUUUGGAGGUCAACAUGGAUGGGCAGCUAUUUUGGGGCAACCUCACGGGUGAGCGGAUCUGUCCUCCCUAUCCUGGUCUCCCCAUGCCGCCCACAUACCCGCCAGAUGCUGAUGAUGAUGCCAAGACUGCUUUACUUGAGGCAUUUGAGGCUCAGAUGGAGAGCUACCACUCUGAUCUUGGUGUCUAUGAGACUUGGCUAUGCGAGGAGAAAUCUGCUAAGGCUAUCUUACUUCUGAGCAUGGAGGUUGAUCUCACACGGUCCCUCAGAGGUCUUCCCACUUCAUACCUUAUGUGGGAUCACCUCUGUCGCAGUUACAAGAUCCGUAACGAAGCGAUGUACCUUGUUGUUGUUGUUGAGGAGGCUCAGUCACUUCGUCAACUUGAUUCUACAUUUGAGGACUUCCACUGUUAG